UGGAAAACAGAAGAGACUAGCAGCCAAUCAUUCACUCAUCCCAGCGGAGUGUAGUUUCUGCCCGUCCCACUGCAGUCCGUCACCACGGCUGUUGCAGGAGCACUUCCAGCGUUAAUCAAACAGCCUUUGGCUGAAAAGUAAAAGUUGAAGGAGGAUUCCUAAAAUGUGAAGUUGCCCGGGUUCAGGUGACAGUGAGCCAGCAGGGACGGAGACGAUCUGUCGGUGGUGCAGCAGACUUUGUGGUUUGCUAACAAGGAUCAUGUGGGGAGUCUGGCCUUUCCUGCUUGCUCUGGUGCUUCUGUCAGAGCUCUCUGUGGAGAAAGUCCAGACGGCGCCAUGUCAAACCUGCAGAAAGCUCACCGAAAGCUUCAUUAAGGGACUAGAAAAAACGGCAAACAAGAACUUUGGUGGCGGCAACACUGCAUGGGAGGAGGAGAAGCUGGCUAAGUAUGCACGCAGUGAGACUCGGCUCUUGGAGAUCGUCGAAGCCGCUUGUGAGAAAACAGAUUUUGAAUGUAACCGUCUGCUGGAGCAGAUAGAAGACCAGGUUGAGACGUGGUGGUUCCACAGGCAGCAGGAGGCACCAGAUCUGUUUGAGUGGCUCUGCAUUGAGCAGCUAACACUGUGCUGCCCACCUGGACACUUUGGACCCGACUGCAAAGAGUGCCCGUCCGGACCUGGGGGUGUGUGUGGAGGUCUGGGCCGAUGUGAGGGUGAGGGCACUCGUCUGGGAGAUGGGGAGUGUGUCUGCGACCCGGGUUACUCGGGCCAGCUGUGCCAGAGCUGUGCUGACGGUUACUUCCGGGAGAAGAACUCCAAUGACAGCGCAGGGGCUUGUGCAGCGUGCUACCACUCCUGUCAGAAAUGCUCAGGGCCACAGGAUUACAAGUGCCUCGCCUGCAAACCUGGGUGGAUCCUUCAUGACAACAAGUGUGUGGACAUUGAUGAGUGCGGCACAGAGCUGGCUCGUUGUCCUUCCAACACUUACUGUCACAACAUAGAUGGAUCCUAUGAAUGCAGAGGCUGUGACCAGGCGUGCGUGGGCUGCAUGGGCAGCGGUCCUGCUCGCUGUAAGAAAUGUUCGCGUGGCUACAGACUGAAAGGAGCCAAGUGUCUUGAUAUAGAUGAAUGUAGCGAACGCGCAAUAGCAUGUCCCGGGCUGAACGAGGCCUGUAUCAACGAGGAGGGCUCCUUCCACUGCGACUGUGCUGAGGGAUUCAUCAGAAGAGACAGCAUUUGUGUGGAGAAUAAGCCACCUGCUGGCCCAGAGAAAGGUCUGUUUGACGACAUGACGGAUGACGAGGUUCUUGUGCUGCAGCAGAUGUUCUUCGGCGUCAUAAUCUGUGCCCUCGCCACACUUGCAGCCAAGGGAGACAUGGUCUUCACAGCCAUUUUUAUUGGAGGAGUGGCUGCUAUGGCUGGAUAUUGGCUGACAGAGAAGGGAGACUACAUGCUGGAUGGAUUUCUGAAGGGACGUUAGACUGUCUUCACAUGUCUGUGGAACAAAGGGACCUGGGGAUACCAACCAGGAGAGGUGAAUAAGACCGGACCCAAGGUGGGACAUUAUCUUCAAUGCUAGCCUUUCAGGGAUUAAUUAUGUAAUUUAUAAGGGCUUGGAUUAAGUAAUGUAUAACUGAUGAAGAGGAUUAUACAAGUAAAGGUGAAGACUAUGAUGUCAUGAAUGAAGCAACACUGCACUGACGUAAAAUACCUGAACUUCAUUCCCUACCAUAAGCUUUGCCUGUGUCAGGUUACUGCUAUACUCCAGAUGGUAGUUGUGGGCAUGCAAUUAGAUCAGUGCUUCUCAAUUAUUUUCCGUUACGCCCCCCCUAGCAAGAAGAAAACUAUUCGCGCCCCCAUUCCCCACCGUGACUAUCCAUCUCUGCAUAACAUUUUUUCCUUAUUAACAUUUUUUUCGCUGAAAAAACUCUAGCGGCUUAUCGGCGUGAUUGGGAUGUAACGUAUUUAAGUGACGCGCUAAUUUAUUUGGCUUCAUGCUGUCCGCUGCGAGCAUUUUUAGACACAGCAAACACACCGGUCUUUCCUCUUCUCCAACUGUAGUCACAGUGAAGCCAAGCGCUAAAUACGCUUCGUCGUAUUUCCUCUUCUUAGCUUUCGGUUGACUUUCUGUUGUCUCAUUAUCUUUGUCUCUCCGCUUUUCUUUUCAUCCCUGUGAAAAACUUUUUCAUGUUGGGGGUUGUUGAAUAACGGAGGCCAUAGACAGAACGCAGUCGGAGCUUUUUGUUGACUUAACACUGCUAACCAAGGCAAACCUGUUGUCUUGUAAGUCGUAAAAUGUUGCACUGUCGCAAACGUGACAGAAGUAACAAUGAGAGCGCCACUGCUGCCUACUGUGCGCAAUUACACUUUAUACUAGUUCGGCCAAAAAAAAGCCUGUUCCCCAGGAUCACACGCGCCCCCCAGGUAUCGCACCGCGCCCCCCAAAGGGGGCCCGCCCCACUAUUUGAGAAGCACUGAAUUAGAUCAACACUGUCCCCUCAAACUGACCCUAAAUAGAGUCUGAGGAGUUUAUAUCAUGAGUUUUUUUUUCACUGGAUGACUUUAUACCUCUUCCUCUGUGAAUGUGUGUGUCACAAUGCAUGUUCAUUUGAAAUCAGAACUACUGCACUGUUUUAAUUUGUUUACUUUAUUUUAGCAUGAUUGUUUUUACUUUUUUAGCUGCUGGAUUAUUUAUUUAAAUGUAAGAGGAGUGUGUGAGUGCAAUCUGGAUAAUUCAAGCCAAUUUCUGAUGCCUUUCUUUUUAUUUAUGUUUGUGAAUAUUUAGUUGUUUGUAUUAUCAGUACAAACAGUCAACUGUAAUUCAGAGAUUAUUUUGGAGAACCAUAACACUAACACCUCUGAUCCAUUUGGUCAUUUUGUCGAUCCGUAUUUACCUGGACUGCAAGCUAUUCCCUGGGUUUGCUUCACAAUAAAAGGAAAUUUUACAGUU